GAAAUUGUAGUUAUCAGGCAGAGGGUUUCACGUUGAAAAUCUAAGAUCGAAAGACUCGUUGCGACUACAUUACCUAGAAGGCCACAGCUGCCCCCGAUAGUUUGUUGUGAAUAUUUAUUAGAAUUUUAAUGAUUUGCUGCUGCUAAAUUUGGUCAAAGAAGUCACUACAGAAGGCUUGUUGUUAGAGCUACAUAGGGAGCUCUUUGCAGACGUUUGUUUUCGCAGCGAUGGGUCUGGAUUUUGUUAGGAAAUGUGCAAAUAAGGAAAGAAAUAAGUAAAACAAAAUAAAAAUAAAUAAAUAAGAAAUCGAUUGAACUUAGUAAAUGAGCAGAACAAUUCAGAAAACAGAGUAGUAUAAAAACUAAAAAGGAUUAUAAAGGAAGAAAAUUAUUCAUAAAAGAAAAUCUUUGGAAGGGAGAUGGGAUGCUUUUUUAUACGAAUGUGAAAUUCCGAUCAUUACAACCCGGAUUAAUAGUCGGCAGACCCAGAACCAGCAAAAAGGUUAAGAAUUAUCACGCUCGUCGUUAAUAAAAUAUUGACAUCAUCCUGUCGAAUUUACAUUGGAAGCGAAGAUCCUUGCUGCUGUAUUUCAUAUAAAACACCUGGCAAUGUCGCAACGUUCUUUGCGAAGGGAUAAGCGGAUACAAAGCGUUCUUGCAUGAAACUGUAUAGGAAACUAGUCUACGCUUCCGAGAAGACGGGAGUGUUAAUGAGGGCUGUCGAAUUUAUGUGAAUAACUGAGAAGUUGUUACUUUUUACCAUCCUGGUAGGAAUAAAUACGAUAUUGAUGAUUCGAGACCUGAGCAAGAUGUACCCCCAGGCUAGGCACCCAGCUCCACAUCAACCAGCCCAGCCCUUUAAAUUCACCAUAUCGGAGUCCUGCGAUAGGAUUAAAGAAGAGUUUCAGUUUUUACAGGCUCAGUACCACAGUUUGAAGCUGGAAUGUGAAAAAUUGGCCAGUGAGAAGACUGAAAUGCAGCGACAUUACGUGAUGUAUUACGAGAUGUCGUAUGGACUGAACAUAGAGAUGCACAAACAGGCAGAGAUUGUCAAGAGGCUGAAUGCUAUUUGUGCCCAAGUUAUUCCCUUCUUAUCCCAGGAGCACCAGCAGCAAGUGGUUCAAGCAGUGGAAAGAGCCAAACAAGUUACCAUGGCAGAGCUAAACGCCAUCAUUGGGCAGCAGCAGCUCCAGGCUCAGCAUCUCUCACAUGGACAUGGGCUUCCAGUGCCCCUCACGCCCCACCCCUCGGGUCUGCAGCCUCCGGCCAUCCCUCCCAUGGGUAGCAGUGCAGGUCUCCUGGCCCUGUCCAGUGUGCUUAGUGGACAUCCUCAACUACCAAUCAAAGAUGAGAAAAAGCACCACGAGAAUGAUCACCAAAGAGACAGGGACUCCGUAAAGAGCUUGUCUGUGUCACCAUCGGCUAGUUUCAGAGCAGCAGAGAAACACAGGAACUCUACAGAUUACUCCUUGGACAGCAAGAAACAGAAGACUGAUGACAAAGAUUUGGCAACCCGCUAUGAUAGUGAUGGAGAGAAGAGUGAUGAUAACUUGGUGGUUGAUGUUUCUAAUGAGGACCCAGUUUCUCCUCGAGGAAGCCCAGCACAUUCCCCAAGAGAGAAUGGCCUGGAUAAGCCACGCUUGAUCAAGAAGGAUGCUCCAAUCAGCCCAGCCUCUCUCGCUUCCUCCAGCAGCACCCCAUCGUCAAAGUCAAAAGAGCUUAACCUUAAUGAGAAAUCUACUACUCCAGUGUCAAAAUCCAGCACCCCAACUCCACGCUCAGAUGCUCCAACUCCGGGCAGCAACUCCACUCCAGGACUGCGGGCUGUACCUGGCAAGCUACCAGGAGCUGACCCAUUAGCUCCUGGUUUGCGGACCCCAAUGGCAGUGCCAUGCCCUUACCCGGCUCCUUUUGGCAUUGUUCCUCAUGCUGGCAUGAAUGGCGACCUGACCAGCCCAGGGACAGCCUAUGCAGGCCUGCACAGCAUUUCUCCACAAAUGAGUGCUGCCGCUGCGGCCGCUGCUGCAGCUGCUGCCUACAGUCGAUCACAGGUGGUUAGCUUUGAUCCACACCACCACAUGAGAGUUCCUGGGAUCCCUCCGAACCUGUCUGGCAUUCCUGGAGGAAAACCAGCCUAUUCGUUUCAUGUGAGUGCUGACGGCCAGAUGCAGCCUGUGCCCUUCCCUCCUGAUGCUCUGAUUGGUCCAGGGAUCCCACGGCAUGCCCGUCAGAUCAACACUUUGAAUCACGGAGAGGUGGUGUGCGCAGUUACCAUCAGCAAUCCCACUAGACACGUGUAUACUGGUGGCAAGGGCUGUGUGAAGGUCUGGGACAUCAGCCACCCUGGCAACAAGAGCCCAGUUUCUCAGCUGGACUGUCUGAACAGAGAUAACUACAUCCGUUCCUGCAGAUUGCUCCCUGACGGGCGCACCUUGAUUGUCGGCGGGGAGGCCAGCACGUUAUCCAUCUGGGACCUGGCGGCUCCCACCCCACGCAUUAAGGCAGAGUUGACAUCGUCGGCUCCUGCCUGCUAUGCUCUGGCCAUCAGUCCUGAUUCCAAGGUCUGCUUCUCCUGCUGCAGUGACGGCAACAUCGCAGUCUGGGAUCUGCACAACCAGACACUAGUCAGGCAAUUCCAGGGCCACACGGAUGGAGCUAGCUGUAUUGAUAUUUCCAAUGAUGGCACCAAGCUGUGGACAGGAGGCUUGGACAACACAGUCAGGUCCUGGGACCUCCGAGAAGGGAGGCAGCUACAGCAACAUGACUUCACUUCCCAGAUAUUUUCUUUGGGAUACUGCCCUACAGGAGAAUGGCUGGCUGUGGGGAUGGAGAACAGUAAUGUAGAGGUGUUGCACGUCACAAAACCGGACAAAUACCAGUUACAUCUCCACGAGAGCUGUGUGCUGUCACUCAAAUUUGCCCAUUGUGGUAAAUGGUUUGUGAGCACUGGGAAAGAUAACUUGCUGAAUGCUUGGAGGACACCAUAUGGAGCCAGCAUAUUCCAGUCAAAGGAAUCGUCCUCCGUGCUUAGCUGCGAUAUCUCUGUGGAUGAUAAAUACAUUGUCACAGGCUCUGGGGACAAGAAGGCCACCGUCUAUGAAGUUAUUUAUUAGAUGGAGGAUCUGAAUACAAAGAGGACUCCUACAGAAGCACUUUGUUAUAUUUGAUCUUUAAGACUAUGUGAAGCAAAGAUUUGUUGGGAAAAAAAAAAAAAAAAAAAACAUCUGCUGCAUUGACUUCAACUUAUUUUACUACUAUAUUAUGGAUGUACAGUAAAGACUUGUGAUACCAAAUCUUCAAAGCAGAAUUAACGGAUAGAAUGAACCAAGCUUACUUACAAUGAACUGAGCACAUUAACUAUGUACAGCAGUUUAUGCUAUUUAUUUUUAAGAAUAUUUUCUAACCAGUGUUUAAAUGAAAUUGGAUGGAGCUGCUCGGCACGUCUGUUGAAAUUAAAGAAGGAUGAAAUUGUCUCCAGACUUGGGCAGGAAGUUCUGUUCUCUUGCAAAAGCCAGAUAUUUUUACAACAUUCAUUUGGAAUUGAAUGCUUUUGGAUUACAUUCCAGUUACUGAAGAACACGUACAAGUGAGUUACAGUGGAGGGGGAAAGGAAUGCGGGUGAAUUAGUUUUGACUCAUCGUACUGAUGCCCAUGGUACUGAGACAACUACCCAGCACACCUUUUCUAGCCACAGAGAUACAGCAGUCAGCGAAACUAGCAAGAUGAUUGUUGAUGUCCCCCAGGUGUGGAUUGUUGACUAAUAUUUCACAGUCCUUGCUUCGAAAAUCCUUCCAACAGACACUACUUUGUGUGCCAGCUAAAUGUAAAUAGCAGUUUAGGACAGUUUUUGCGUUGAAUGCUUAAAAUAACCAAUUCUGUGGAUUUGCUGAUGUACAGUGCCUUUGCUGCUAUAGAUCAAACCUUUAAUAUAGGUAAUAUAUUGUAUUGGUUUAGAUGUACUCCAUUUGGUAUUAGAGUAUAGAGACACAAUAUCCGGUUUACAAUAGACAGUCUACUUGAGUUCUGGAAGUGGUAGCCAACUUUGUUCUGAGUUAUUUGUGUUUUGUGUCAUGAACAGUUUCAGAAUACUGCAGUGUUUAAAGGGUUUUGAUACUAACACUUGUGAUUUGUAUAUAUUUCUGUCAGCAAUUUUCGUACAGAUAAUAGAGCGUGCAGUCAGAUGUGAAACAGCACUGCAGAUAACAAGUUUUGCAGGUUGUACAAUUUCAGAUUUCUUGUUUUGGAGGAAAUUCAAAGUGAACUAAAGGUUUCACACUUUUUCUUUCUUCAGUGGAAAAAAAUGUUAAAUAACUUUGCAGCAACAGCUGUAAGCAUGGGGACCUUGGCCAGAGAUGAGUCAUUUUUGUAUUAUUUAUUGAUUAUAGUAAUACAUGGUUGCACAUUUUAAAAUAAUUCAAAUACAAUCCUAAUGUAUACUUAUGAGGAGCUGUUAGUUUGUGGAUCUGUCAUUUAAAAUGACUUUUAUACAUCAGCUCCAGCUCAACACAUUGAUUUGUAUCCUUUCUUGGCCAAGUUUCCAAUGUACAUAAAAUACAGGAUAAUAUAGCUUGCAGCAAAUGAGCAAUUGUUUUCACUCUAAGGAAAUGCGUAUUCUUCCCAAUUUGAUCCAUCGUCCCAUUACAUUUUAACAUAAAUAUUUGGGUAUUUUAAGUUUGUUUUCUGCAAAAUAGCUGUGAAGACAACCAAGCCCCUUUUUAAAAGUGCUUUCUGUCAUAUAAAGAAGAAUGGCAUGGCUCCAAUAAAACGUAGUGUAUGUCUCUCCACUGACAAUAUAUGGGAACCUUGUUUUCUAUUAUCUCUCUGCCUGCCUUAUUUAAAUGUGAACAAUAUUCAGUUUAAUAAUCCAUUGGAAAAUGUAAAGUGAACACCGUAUUUUAAUUUGUUUUUAACCUGAAUUCCUAGGACUGGAUGCCGUUCUGCUUUUUAUAAGGUAAAGUCAAUUAUUAUUGGCCAAAAAUAAGCAGAUUAAAAAUAAGUAAACCUGUUAACUACAGAUUGAGUUAAAAAAAAAAUAAAAUAAAUCAUGUGCUGUUCUAUUUUGCAAUGCUUUUUAAAUAAUGUUUCUUAGAAAUGGUUUCUGCAGAUGCCCGACAGUCCAUCUAAUGUACAAAGCACCCAAUUGCCCAUUUUUUUAAUUGCAUAUUUUGAUUGGUUUGUCUAACAUUUUUAGAUUAGAGGAUGCUUUGUAUCAACAUCAGUUAUUUUAACUAUUUUCCAAGAACACAAAUUGACAAGAAGGGGUUGCUUUGGUACUGGAUAGUUGUUCUAUGUACAAUUUUAUACAAACAGUGAAACAUUUAUGCUGUAAAAAAUGAAAAACUACCUGUUGCUAGGUGUUGGUGUUUCUUUAAUACAAAAUGUGUCUGUCUAAAUUUUAUUAAAAAACCUCUAUGGCGUUGCA